UCCUCUGGAUUUGCUUGGGUAAUUUUAAAUUUGAUUUGGCAAUGUUCAGAGAAUAUAAACUGACAAUCAAUAUUUCAAAUGCCCAAACAAAACUUUGAAGUUUUGGUAGAGACACACAGAGAUGGUACUUAGAAAAUGAUGUACGAUUUUUUUGGGUAUCGAAUCUGUUUUCUUAUUAUAUUCUUGCUAUGGGUCAUCUCUACAGCAUGCAACAGGGUAAAAUUUAAAUUUUCACAUAAGUGAUUUUAUUGCUCCCUGUUGAGUCCCUCUGUUACCCUCACUUGUUUCUGUCAGCACCUCUGUUGCUCUCUCUCUCUCUGAAACGCAUGAAUGCGCUGCCCACUCACAGUGCAGCUGACGUCAUCUUGUUUCCUGGAAUUGAACACCAGCAGGGAAAUGUAAAUGCUGAACAGAAAAUAAGAUGUACAUUGACGUCAGUUCAGAGUCAUGCUGUGAAUACAAGCAGCUCCUUUUGCGAGAGCAAGACUUCUAAAUUAAUCAUCUUUUAGACUGUGCCACAGUCUCCAAGGAGACAACAAGAAUCAGAGACCCACUCCUGGAGGUAUGUCUGCAUAUCAGGUUUCCUCUCCGGCAUCUGGCCUUUCCCAGGUGAAUGACAGCUCAUCCGGGUCUCUUCCCAGCCCUCAGCAGCUGGCUGAGGACGCGUCACGCAAGAGGGAACACCGACUGAUGAAAAACAGGACGGCGGCCAAAGAGUACAGACGCAGGCAGAAGGACUAUGUGCGGAGCUUAGAGUCGCGCAUCGCCAUGAUGGAGAACCAGAAACAGACAUUGAUAGAAGAGCUGAACAGUCUAAAGGAAUUGUGCACUGGGAAGUCCCAUUCAUUUUAGUGGCACACUAGACUGCUACUAUCUGUUUGAUUCGGUUCCUGUUUUACUGUAUAAAAUUGUUGUCAUAUGUGUGUUUUAUAUCUUUUGUGAAACUUGAACAGUAGACCAGCACUGCCUAUGCUCAUUAGGCUUUUUAAAAAAAUGUUUAUAUUGAUAUUAUAUAUUAUAUAUUUCAAAUGUUUCAAGGUUGACAACUAUCUACUUUAAGAUUUUUUUUCAUUCACAAAUACACCAGCUCCAAAAUGAAUAUAUCU